AUGAGGUUGCCAUCCUCAUGCUCCCAUUUCCUCCACCACAGCCGUGUUUACAGAUGCUCUGGUUCACAGGGUAAUCUUUCCUUUGCAUCACUCUGUCUUCGACGUCCUGCCGAUCCUUCCUUGUGUCAUUCUAUGAGGGCCAAGUCCACAGUAUGUAUUUCUGCAUAUCCUAUUAGGUCCUGGCUGGCGAUUCAAACGAAAGCACCACCACUGUUCCGACGCAACUCACAUUCUCUCAUCCCGCCUUCAUCCACGGCUUGUACAUCAUUGGCGGCGGACAAUGAGGCUGCUACACGAUACACUCCUCCUCAGAGGGGUUUCAUUGCCUCUCUUCCGAGAACGUGGAUCCCAUACGCUGAACUAGUACGCCUCGACAAACCCUCGGGUACAUAUUAUCUUUUCUUCCCCUGUUUAUUCUCGACGCUCCUAGCAGCACCAAUGGCAUCCUGUGCAACACCGUUACACGUUCUCAGCACGGCUGGAUUAUUCUUUGUCGGUGCAUUCAUAAUGAGGGGCGCUGGUUGCGCCAUCAAUGAUUUAUGGGACAGGAACCUGGAUCCAAAUGUGCAACGCACGAAAUUUCGGCCAAUUGCUCGAGGCGCAUUGUCUCCUCAGAAAGCGUUAGUCUUCACUGGCUCUCAGCUUCUAGCUGGAUUGGGCGUCCUGCUUCAGUUUCCGUCCCAAUGCCUUUGGUAUGGAAUUCCCAGUCUGGUUUUGGUGACGGCUUACCCUCUUGCCAAGCGCGUGACCUACUACCCUCAAGCUGUCUUGGGCCUCACAUUCUCCUGGGGCGCGAUCAUGGGGUUCCCAGCCUUGGGCGUGGAUCUGCUAAGCGAUCCGACCGCCCUGGGAGCUGCUGCAGCCUUAUAUUCAAGCUGUGUCGCCUGGACAGUACUGUACGAUAUGAUCUAUGCACAUAUGGAUAUAAAAGACGAUGUCGCUGCAGGAAUCAAGUCCAUUGCUCUUCGUCACGAAAAGAACACGAAGAAAGUCCUCUCUGGUCUGGCGGUAGUUCAGGUAGCCCUGCUCGCUACUGCUGGCGUGGCAAGUGGUGCUGGUCCUGUUUUCUUCGUCGGCAGUUGUGGCAGCGCGGCCCUUUCCCUCGGGGUCAUGAUCUGGAAGGUACAACUCGAAAAUGUUAAGGACUGCUGGUGGUGGUUCAAAAACGGCUGUUUAUUGACGGGGGGAGGGAUCACUUUGGGGAUGUUCCUCGAAUACAUGGCUCAUAUUUCUGGAUUGUACGACAAGCCAGACAGCGAAAUUUUAUAA